AUGAUGAAUAAUAACAAAAAUGAAAUAUAUCGUCUUGAUAUGAUCUUCAUGGAUGAGAUGGGAACUAUGAUUCAAGCCAGCUGUUUGCAUAAGAUGUUAGGAAAAUUCAAGGAAUUUCUUCACUUGGAUGAAUGUCUUCUUAUCACCAAACCUUCUCUUGCUACUAAUAAGUCCUCUUCUAAGUAUACCAAGAGAAAUGACAAAAUACCACUGUAUUUCUAUACUUCUGUUGAGAAAUGCUUUGACUGGUCUGGACCGAAAUACCGUUUUAAUUUCGUUAACAUCAAGGAUGUUGUUAAAAAUAAAUUUGAAGUUAAUACAGUUAUUGAUUGGAUUGGUUAUGUGGAUGUAUGUUUCAAUCUAGAGGAUACGUCAAAGAAGGAUGGGAGCAAGGGCAAAAGACUUAAUCUUAGACUUGAAGACAUUGAAGGCCAAAAGUGUCCGGUUACUUUGUGGGAUGGUUUUGCUAUUGACAUGUUUGCUUACAUGAAUGAUAAGAAACGGGAGAAAUAUGUUGUUAUCCUUUGUCAUUUUGGUAUGGUCAACCUUUACAAAGGCAAGCGUGGUGUUGCAAAUGGCUUUGAGCUAAGCAGACUUUUUAUUGACACGGACAUUGAAGAGAUAUCCUCUUUUAGGAAGAGACUUAUUUUCUUGAACCAAGAUAACUCGAACAAUCAGGAGGAUAUGGUGGAGGGUUUUGUUACCCCGGAUUUAAACGUAAAUGUUGUGUCAGCUGGGGUCAUUCAUGAGGUUUCGGAUUAUGUUGAAGUAUCAGAGUUAAAUGUUGUGGAGAAAGAAGCGAUUACUAGACAAGAGGUUGUGGACACAGUGGAGUUUGCUAAAAAUCUAGGGGUGGUAAACAUUGAUAGAUUUGAGAACUCGGUUACGAAGGCAGUGAACGAUGAAGGAUUUCAACAAGUUACUCCAUGA